UUCAUCAGUUUCUGGGUUUCCUUUGAACAAAAGCCUCUGAGAUCAAAGAGAAUCUGGAGCCGAAGGUGAGAAAAGCUUUCAGAAGAUGAUGAAGAAGAUGAUGAAGAAGAUGACGAAGAAGUCCAUCAGCGGGACCGUUCAGAUCUUCAGUCACGUGAGACCAUCAAAGGAUCAGAGCGCCAAUCAAAGGCGACUUCUCCUCAACAGCCUCAUUAACGGCGGGAGGCCCCCGGGCCCUCGAGGGCCUUAUAUCAGGAUCCUGGCGGAUCUGGAGAUCUCCCGCUCUGACCAUGGACGCGCGCGCGCAGACGGACUUCAGCAUCGAGCGCCUCCUCUCCACGGAAGUCGGACUGAAGCCGCAGGUGGUCCGGGACACCUGUCCGGAGGAGGGGCCUCCCAGACCAGACCCCGUGGCCCCCCUACCAGUCCCGGUCCCGGUCCUGGUGCCGGUCUGUCUGCAGUACCGGGGCUUCACGGACCGGUUCUGCCCGUGCGCGGCCGCUCUCCAUCAUCCGAACUUCCCGGGAUUUUACCCAGCGCUUUACCAGAACUUCGUCCAGAACCGCGCAGAACCCCCCCAGCACAGCCAGGCGCCCCCGCGGCCGCGCCAGAAGACCCGCAUGCGCACUGUGUUCACGGACGCGCAGAGCCGCCAGCUGGAGGCGCUGUUCCACGUCACCGACUACCCCACCGCGGAGGCGCGCGCGGAGCUGAGCGCGCGCACGGGACUGACCGAGGAGACCGUCAGGGUCUGGUUCAAGAACCGCAGAGCCCGGAGGAAGAGGCAGCGCGGCGACCCAGAGGUCCGGCCUCGCCGUCCGGCCAGCAGGAGGCGAGAUCUCCAGUCCUGAACCUCCAGGCAUCGUCCUGCCGUGGUUCCUGCAGGAACGCUCUCCUCAGAAGCAGAGUUCUGCUCAGCGGCACGCCGGCAGAGUCCGCUCUCAUUGGAUUGUUCUGCCUGAACGGGAAACGUGCCGACCAAAGGGAUCGGUCUGAUCCAGAGGGAUGAGGAUCAGAACAAAACCGGAAACUGUCCGGUUCUCCAGAAUGUAGGAAUCGAGCCGGGAGGAGAUCAAGAGGAGACCUGGAGGGGAACAGGAGGAGGUCCGUCUCCCUGGACUGCAUCCAUGAUGUUUGUGAUGAAGGCUACAGGCCGAAGAACUUCAUGGAGAACAUUUAUCCAUCAAAACUCAUAAUUCCAGGAACAGAUUACCAGGACUCUGCAACCGGAGAGAGAGGCUUUAAUUCAGUCUCAGUCCUGGAGGAAAGUUUCCCUCUUGUCCAUGUCAGAAGACAAUCUGUCUGUCUGUGUGAGACAGACAUGAAGAUGUAGCACCUAAAGACUUAUGCAACAAGCUCCUCCCACUGCCUGUCAAUCAUCUUCACUUUAUGCUCAACAGCUUUGAUUUGUAACAUCUUCAACUCAGACGGAAAAAUAAACUUUCAUCUUUUUCAAGAGACGUGUGGAAAAUCAAACUCAAGCCAAAGUUCUCCUCAGAUCUCUGUGUCAACAUAUGAUGUACGGUGGCCCUGAAGGGCCAAUCACACCAACAAAAGACCCAAAAGAGGAAAAACAUUUUAAAGCAGAAAAACAAAUAUAUACAUUUUAUAAAUUAAAU